ACGGACGUAUUUCACUAAAGGCACGCAGGUGUCAUCAUUAAAAGGCUAGUUGCUUAGCGUCUUUUGCGUAAUUACUGUUAAAUUAUUUGGUGAGAAAUCUAAUAUCUGUUAUUUACUUGCAUUUAAGUUACCUGUCGGUUUUCAGAAACGUGUCCGGUUGGUUGUAAUCUAUCUCUAAAAAAGCGGCAUCGUUUACUGCUCGCUGCUAGUCCUUAGCCGAGUGCUAACAACACUGACUGCAAGUUGCAUGCGUCUAGCACCGCUGUCAUUUCCAGGCAGCUCGGAGGGAUUCUGACAGCCAUCUGCAGCAGAUAUGGAGCUCCAAGCGGUGCUGAUGGCGGUGGGUGGGGGUUCUCGUAUGACUGAUCUGACAUACAACACCCCCAAAGCUAUGCUGCCUGUUGGCAACAAGCCCCUUAUGUGGUAUCCCCUUAACCUUCUGGAGAAGGUGGGAUUUGAAGAGGUGAUAGUGAUCACUACCAAAGAGGUCCAGAAGGCGAUGAGCACAGACCUUAAAAUAAAGGACGUGAAGAUGAAACUGGAUGUGGUUUCUAUCCAGGAAGAUGGCGACAUGGGUACCGCUGAUGCUCUCAGACACAUCCAGCCAAAAAUCAAGACCGACAUCCUGGUGUUGAGUUGUGACUUGAUAACAGACGUAGCGCUUCACGAGGUGGUCGAUCUGUUCCGGGCGCACAACGCGACAAUGGCCAUGCUAAUGAGCAAAGCCCACGAAUUCACAGAGACCGUCCCAGGCCAGAAGGGCAAGAAAAAGACAGCUGAGCAGAGAGACUUUGUUGGUGUUGAUCAGUCAGGAAAGAGGCUGCUCUUCAUGGCCAAUGAGGCCGAUCUUGAGGACGGACUAUCAAUCAGGAAAUCCAUUAUGAGGAAACAUCCCAGGAUGCUCAUCAAAACAGGCUUAGUGGACGCUCACCUCUACUGUCUGAAAAAGGCUGUUGUGGACUUCCUCACAGAAAACAAGUCUAUCUCAUCAAUCCGUGGAGAGUUGGUGCCAUAUUUGGUGCGUAAACAGUUCUCCAAAACUGUUAACAGCCAGAAACUGAAAGACGACACAGACGAUCAGACCCAGGAAAAAAACGAUGGGCCUGCAAACCACGAGCUCCUCAUCUCAUCUCGGGACGAGCCUCUCCUCCAGCUGGCGCAGGAGCGCUCCUGCUGGAAUGACCACCGCGGUGAUAUGAGUGAGGCCUACCAUGGAGGAAAGCUGCGCUGCUAUGUUCACAUUAUGGACCAGGGUCUGUGCUGCCGGGUUAAUACUCUAGCUGCUUAUAUAGAGGUGAACCGACUGGCCCCAAAGCUGUUUGAAGAACCAUCAGUCCAUCCAUCUGCUGACAUUUCUGAGAGAUGUCAGAUGGGAUCAGAUAGUAUCAUCGGAGCUGUGUGCCACAUUGCAGACAAGACUUCCAUAAAAAGGUCUACUAUUGGAAACAACACCACUGUAAAAGAGAAGGUCAAAGUCACCAACUCCAUCAUCAUGCAUGGCGUUACCAUCGAGGAGGGGUGUAAUAUCCAAGGCAGCGUGAUCUGCAGUAAUGCUGUUAUUGGCAGAGGAGCAGACCUCAAAUACUGUUUGGUGGGAAAUGGACAACACAUCGAACCAGAAGCUGAACGGACUAACGAGAUCAUCGUUGGAACAGACCAGCUCAUGGAGAUCUAGUUUUCACCUCAUUAACCAAUCCGAGUGCAGCAAAACACGGCCCUAAUUCCCCCAGCGGAUAGGCCAAUCAGAAGCCUAGACUUUGACCUCAAUUGGCUUUUUUGUACACAGUGUCCAAAUAAACUCACGUCAACUUGAA